AAACAGCUGCUUAGCAAUACUAAGAGGAUGUGGCUACUGUAAAAGUAUCCCAGCAUUGAUAAUUCGUAGUCCCCUACAAUUAAGACUAAUACUAUCAUCCUAUCCAAACAGGCAUUGAUUUGACCAAAAGUUUGAUCUGCAUAUCUGAUAAGACACCGAUAUGCAACCAUUACUAUCAGGAUUCAGCCGUUCUCUCCUCCAAAACAAGGUCGGGUUUGUGACUGGUGCAGGCUCACCCUACGGCAUCGGCCGCUCGCUGGUCCUAGGUCUCGCAGCAGCCGGCGCUCGUGCUGUUUAUGCAACAGAUUUGUCACUGGGCAACAUUGCCUCUUUGCAGGAGGAAGUACGUGCAAUGAAAUCCGACUGUCAAGUGCACGGUGCUAUACUAGAUGUUACCGAUGAAAAACAGACGAUCUCAGUACUGAAAGAGGUACUCGACAAGUAUGGGCGCAUGGAUUUCUAUUUUGCCAAUGCCGGCGUUGGCAAUUAUGUGCCGCUUCAAAACACGGAUGCAGCAUAUUAUGACAAAAUGAUCUCUAUUAUGCAGCGCUCGUUCUUCCUUGCGCUUCGCUAUGGCGGCCAAGCCAUGUGCAAUGUGUCGGCAGACAAACCAAGUCCUGGUGGUUCUAUUGUUGUCACUAGCUCCAUAGCAGGUGUUUCUGGAGGUAUAUCGGAUAUUUCUUACUCCUCCGCCAAAGCCGCCGUGGCAAACAUGGUCAAACCAGGCUCUGUUCAGUUGGCAGCGAGUAACAUUCGAGUUAACUCCAUUGCACCGGGAUUCGUACGAUCGUCGAUUAUUGCCAGUACACGGCAAGCCCUGGCUAACAUGCAAUCCUCCGCAAACACUGGCGGUACAUCUACCAACAAAACAAUCACAAAAGAGGAGGCAUCAAAGGCAUUUGACGCAACCCUUGGCCGUCUUGCGUCGGAUAAAUAUUACUUUGAUCGAAUUCCUGAGCCCGAGGAAAUCGCCAGUAUUGGUGUGUUCCUGGCGUCAGAACUCAGCGCGUCAGUGAAUGGUCAGAAUAUUGUCGCUGACAACGGCAAAACGGCAUCUGGGCAGGCUGAUAGGACUAUAGGGCCUAUUCAUGCUAUGGCACCGCUUUCCGCUUUAGGUUAAGUCCAGUUGGCUAUAUAUAGAUGCUGUUGUUAGAGAUAUUAAAA